UUUGUCGUUAAUAGAUCCCAAACACAACAGAGAAAGAAAACACAAAAAGCUUCACUCUUUCUCUAUGUUCCUUGUCUUUUCCCUUCAAUUAACAAAUUUACGUCGCGUGUAAAUCCUUUGCAAUACAUCGACUAAUACGAAAAUAACCAAUUAAUAUUAUUCAAAUGGAUUCGGACGAUGGGAACGUAUCACACAUUCUACCAAAGAGGAGUCUUUUACAUGUACCUGGAAGCUUGGCCUUGGAAGCAUUUAGUUGCAUCACCAAGUUCACAGGAGCUAUGCUUUGCUGGUGGAACAACAACAACAAUUUGCAGAAGAUGGAGAUUUCUAACUAUCAAUUGAGGAGCUUAAGCAGCUGUGAUGAUUCUUCGGAGCAGCGUGUGAAGAGUUGUUAUCAUCCCAACUUCUCUCUGUUUCGUAUUCACUACGGAUCAAAAGAUUUAAUCCCUGCCUUGUUCUCUAAAUCAACUAUUCAGCAUUUUGUUAAUGAAGCUGAGAGGCUACACUCUUGUUCCGUCCUCUCCUUGGCUGUUUCCUUGAUGUCGGUGAAUGGACUUGGUUUGUCUCUAGGGAGUGACGAUGUUCAAGUUUCCAACAACGUUGAGCAUAGGUCUUGUCAGGUUGGACGCAAUGGUUUGAGUUUUCACAAAUUGGACGCGAAAAGACCAACGGUUGAGCCUCGAACCGGGAUCGAGUUCCCCGUCUCGUUAAAGAAAAAUGCAUCUGGAUUAACUUCUGAGGUGCUUGUUGCAACUGGAUCACGGACAAUGAAGAUCGUCAAGAUUAAAUCUCUUAAAGUAUAUGCCUUUGGUUUUUAUGUUCAUCCUUCGUCGGUGUGCCAGAAGCUUGGUCCAAAGUAUGCUUCUAUUCCCGGGAGCAAACUCGGCAGAUGUGAUGACUUAUACAAAGAUCUUUUAAGGGAGGAUAUUGUUAUGAGUGUGAGGCUUGUUGUUAACUACAAUGGUUUGAAGAUCAAUACUGUGAGAGAUGCUUUUGAGAAGUCUAUGCGUGCUCGUUUGGUGAAGGCAAAUCCCAAGACUAAUUUCAAUUGCUUGAAUGAUUUUGGUUCAUUCUUCACACAAGAUAUUCCAAUCCCCGCGGGGGGCUCCCAUUUUCAGGGAACAGUAAUAGACUUUCGACGAACAGCUGAUGGACAACUAAUCACGGAGAUUGGUGGUAACCUGGUUGGAGCUGUCCGUAGCAAGGAUCUUUGUAGGGCAUUCUUUGAUAUGUACAUUGGAGAUGUUCCAGUGUCUGAGCAGACAAAAGAGGAGAUUGGUAGGAACGUUGAGGGAAUCUUAAAGAGUUGCUGAAAAAAUCAAUUUAGACCGACCAUUGGCCUCUGAGUUUUUGAAGAAGGCACUUGGGUUCGGAAUCUUCCAAUCAAUGUCUCUAGUUCGUAUAUGAAUACGGAAUAUAAGUACUUAGUAAGCUGGCUUCCAACCCGACCCAGCUUUAUUUUGGUAGACACUCGGCUCUAAAUAAACCCUCCCCCCCCUGCCUGGCUCUGUAGUGAUGAUAUUUUUUUUCAACAAGGCUUAUCAAUUAUGUAACGAAACUUCAUUAUAGCUAUAUAUAUAAUCGGAUUUAUUUAAUGACA